AUGCAGCUCCAAUUUAUUACCCUUCUCGUCGGUCUGGUUGCGGUUUCGUCCGCCGCCGUCGCUGAUGUUGAAGGUGUCCGCAAUGUCGCUCGGGACUCCAUCGUCAUAAGUCGCCAGGCCAACGGCAAUCGACCGACCCCCAGCGGCGCCUGCUGCGUUGCUAGCACAUCGUUGAAACAGGACACUUGCACCGCCACUGAUGGCACUCAGGGCAGAUGCGUCCCCGGUGGUAACAACUUGGCUGAUGAGAAUCCCCUUGAAGGUGGAGGCACCCUUAGCUGUGUAGCGCAGUCCAAGCUGACUUGCGAUGCUGCCAUCAUCGAGCGCGGCAAGAGCCUUUGUCGGGCUAAUGCCGGCAACGGAAAGUUCAUCGAUGGUGCUCAGACUAUUUCAAGCUUGAGCCAGGCCAAGGUCAACUAA